AUGCUGCCAGUUCCCGCCAUAGUUAGCCCUGUUUUUGAGCACGAUGCCUCUCCUAUCGAGGCGAGGUUUAAGGAUCAAGUGUGGCUAGUGGUGAAGUUGUCUCCCGUUGUUGGUCUGCUGUUGUGGAUUCCACCCACGAGGAAGAUAUCAGUGUCCCCUAUUGUUAUCGAGAUUGCUGAUAUUGACGACUUGCAAGCAGUGGAAACAAUAGAUUUGUGUCGGUCGGGGAUCCAGGCAUUAUGGGUACUUACUCCAUACCUCCCUCUGUUCCCGGUGAUUCCCCGUCAGCAACGGAUCCUUUGUCUUUGGAUGCGACUGGCAUGUAUCUCCUUGGGUGGAGUCUUGCAACCAAUUCCAUUUUUUCAGAAACAUGGACCUACCCAUGAAUGGUGCCAACAUGCGUUUCCUCCAGCUACCCUGGAGGCGCUUGACGCUCUUUCUUAUUCUCACAUGGCGAAUGAUCUUCAAUAUGUCGUUGCUCAGGUUACUCCUUACUUGGUGGUGUCUGCUAGUCGUCUUCAUUACAUGGGGGCUGAUUUGGUGGAGCUGGCUGCUGUUAAAUCCGAGCAUGAUGAGCUUGCGGAGAAGGUUUGGCUUCUUGAAGAAGAGCGAUGCAAUUUUGAUGAGCGCUACCUCGUGCUGUCAGGGGAAAAGAUUGUUGCGGAAGCUCAGGGAGUGGUUCAGGUGGUGGAUCGUGUUGUUGAGAACAGUGAAUUCGUGCUUGGGAUUCAUUACGUCAAGGUCACGUGUGUGGCUGCUGGUGUAGAGAAGGGAAAACAGGUGGAACGCAUGCAGUCGGUUGGUAGUACCCCUGGCUCGUCUGAUCUGGACGUUGUGGCAUAA